ACUAAAGUUCGACUGCGGGCGUUUUGACUGCAACAACUUUCACUCCCCACACAACAACUUUGUCAAAUAUAAAACGAUACAGAAUAAGUAGCAAAGGCAAAUGGCAAAAGGGAAAAAGAGUGAAGCGAAAAACCGGCAGCGAAAGCUGAAAAAGCACAAAUUGCAAAUCUACAAUGAAAUAAGAGGUGUGUUAAGAGAGAAAAUGAAGACGGAUUCGACCGAGAACAUUUAUGAGGUUGUCCUGCAAAGUGGAAGAGACACGCCCAGCAACGGCUUUCAACGAGGCUCGUACUCGGUGCUUUGGACGAAGGAUGUGCUUCCGAGUUUUUCCAGACACUACAGUGGCCCAUACACCGAGGGUGCCAUCUUCCAUCUACUGGCCGUUAUCGAUGCUCUUAAAGCGUGCCCGAAGGAUAAGGCUCUUGUGCUUGCUCUCAGCGAAAAAACUCUUUUUAAAUUUGUCAAUGGAGGUAUAAAAUUGACUGGCAUUUUCGAAAAAUACAAAGAUAUACUGAAGCCGUACAUCGAUACGAUAGAAAUGCAACUUAAAAGCAAGGAAUUGCCGGUUAGAGCACGUCUUUAUACCAAAGAAGAAAAUCGCAAAGACGUAAAUGUUGCAGCCACAAAAAUACGACAAGUGUUGCCGCUAGACAAUACUGCACUACCGAUUACCACUCCUUUGACAUCAGCAGGUUUUCCGUCAGCAGUAGCAAUAUCACGACCAUUACCGCUACCCUCUGAUUAUCCACCCACGACCAACAUGGUUAAUGGAGGAGGUAUAUCAGGCAUAUGGAAUUUUCUAACAACACUAGUUACGACAGCUCAGGAAUCUCGGGACAGCGAUGCGGAAAGCGAAAGCUCAAAAGACGACGAAGAGGAAGAAUAUAUGACUUCUAAACAACGACAGCAAGAUGAGGAGGAUAUUGAUCGCUGGAUCUGUGAAAAUGACGAAAGACCUUUAAAACGACGCAGAAUGGUAGUGGAUCAAUCGGGGGCACAGCAGAAGGAGAUAUCAAACGAGAGCUUGGUCGGUCGGGUGUGAAAAGCUUUAUUCCCGGUCUGUCAUAAAUCUGCUCAUCAUAAGUUGUCAAUUGGAAUCUGUAAAUACGCCUCCCUUCCUCCCUCCCUCCCUCCCUCCCUCCCUCGCCACUGUAUCGACAUUAUCUCUCCAAACAAGAAAAGAACUCAUUCGAAAUGCUUAUUUGUUACAAAGCAGCACUAUGCAUUUGUCACUUCUCUGCUAUCAUACGUAUUGUUAAUACUGAGUUCGACGACUAUAAGUUGUGCUGCAAUGGCAUGAUGCUAUUGUGAGUUGCAACAGCCCAAAACACAUAUCCAU